AUGCGAAAAAGGAGAAUAGUGACUGAUCCUUCAGUGAUAAUGUGUCAUCAUUCAGUGUUCAGAGAUCCUUCUGAACGAAUGAAAAGGCACAUGCUUGCAGAUCUAGGGUCAGGUGUUCUUUUCCCACAAACCAAUGAGAAGAAGUCAAAGAAGUCAAAGAUAACUGAUGUUGGGUCUUCGGGUACCAAGGUUAAGCCAACCAGUUCUUCUAAAAGUCCAAAGCAGGUUCCUGUUGUUGAAGCCGAGCCAAUCCAACCGGAGCCUAUUAUUGCUGAUACCCAGUUAACUGAAAAGGAAGUUAUUCCUUCUAAGAUUGGUGUAUUUAGAAGAAUCAAAAUGAAAUCGAAGUUGAAGCAUAAGGGACGAUCCUCUAUUACGAAUAUUGUUUGCAAACCUCAAGUUUCACAUCAAGGGGUAAUUUUUCGUGAAGUACCUGCUCCUGCUUCACUGUCUUCGAAAAAGUGA